AUGACAUUCUCUUCCAAACAUCGACCAAGAGAGGUUCACAUAAGUGGAACAGUUUCCACGCAUCUAAUCUCUCCUAAUAAAUCUUUGAAAGUUAAAAUAUCAAUACGUGCUUCUGAAAUUUGUUCUGCGAAUUUUGUGUUCCAAAUGAAAAAGGGAGAAUCCACUCACUUGACGACUGGUGUAUCAUAUAGGUCCUAUCCACCUCGACACCUUAUGUUGACUACAACGACCACAAGACCACUUAAUUUAUUGACAAGCAAUCGAUUUUAUUCAAAGCAAGUUCUAUUUAUAUAUGACUUUAUCAAACGCAAACUACAAAUUGAUGAUGCAUUUUUAAUGCAUAAUUAUGCACAUGCUACAAUAGACUCUCACAAUACAGCAAUAGAAUACGCAUGCAUAAAAUCACGGGAACCCUUAUCAUACUCUUUCAUGAUGAUCUUCAUAGAUGGGAUAAUGAAUUUCGAAAACUUAUCUGUAAAUUUCACUCAACUUGCGAUUAUGUUUCAUGAUAACGCCAAUUUCGAUGUUUCUGAAGUGGAAUACUACUACUAUCCUGAAUUUUAUCAAUUUAUUAAUACUCACGAAAAUAAUGAGAUUUUGGACAAAGAUUUUAUUUUUACCUAUCUUAGUGCAAUGGAAAAUAAUUCUUGUAUAGCUAAUGAUAAUGUCAAUAUGAGUGACAAAUUAUUUCAAGUUGCUAUUGAGUACGAGUGA